AUGGACAGGUUUCCAGCAUACGACAACCUGCCCCUGAUUACCAUCAAUGGUAAAUCAAAACGGUGUGCUUGGGGCCUUUUUGACGAGGAGGGUAAGAAAGACGUCUUUGGGUGUUUGAACAAGAUCACGCCAGAUAUCGUCACCAAGGCAGCAGCCGAGAUCAAGGACGGAGUUACCAUUUCUCUAAACUGGCCCCUUCGUGUACCGCGAAAGCCAGGGUUUGGACGCAGGGGUCUGUCCCACAAAGUGAUCUCUUUCGUCGAUUCCCCCCUAGCAAUACACGGAUAUGAUGACGAGGUCGAAUUCAACACUCAAUGCAGUAGUCAAUGGGAUGCCCUGUGCCACUUCUACGAUCAAGACUUCAAGCGCGGCUACAACGACGCAAACCCAACGAUUGAGGACUUGGUUCAAGACUAUGGCGAGGAGGACAAGGACUUUGUUUUUCCCACGUUGAACCACUGGCAUGCUCGCGGCGGCCUGGCAACACGGGGUGUGCUCAUCGACUACAAGGCCUACGCCGACAGAAAGGGCAUCAAGUACUCUCCAUUUGCCGCUCAUAAGAUCACCAUCAUGGCCGUGGAAGAGAUUGCUCGGGAGCAUGGCAUCACUUUCCGGCCCGGAGAUGUCUUCUUGCUGCGGACGGGUUAUGUUGAAGACAUUUCACAAGCAAAGAACGAAGAGGAACAGAUCAAGAUGAACUCUUCGGUAGACAGCAUCGGGAUCGAGGAUACUGUGGAGGCGGUCAAGUGGUUUUGGGACCAGCAUUUCAGCGCCGUGGCGGCCGACAAUCCGGGAUUCGAAGUCAUGAGACCGACCAAGGACGGAGUCGAUGCCAGUGGCACAACGGCAGACUAUGUCUUGCAUCCAAAUUUCCUGGCCUUGUUGGGCCUACACAUCGGCGAGCUCUGGGAUCUCAAGGCCCUGUCGGAGUAUUGCCAGAAUACAGGUCGGUAUACAUUCAUGCUGACCUCGAUGCCGCUGAACUUUGCCGGUGCUUGCGGCUCUCCACCCAACGCGAUGGCCCUGUUCUAG